AUGAGCAAGCGACCGGCUUCUGAAUACCCUGCACUCCCUUCCCAGCUCACAAGGCAAUCUUCCAGUGACAGUAGUGAAGAGGAAGCAGCACCAGAAUCAUCUGUUGGGCAACCAUGGGCGAAAUCCACCACUUUGCAGCCUCCAGCAGAAAAAAACGACGUUCCUCGCAGAAUGGACUUCCAACCACCUGAACCACCGCCAGCGUCACCAGCCACAUUCAAGACAGCCAAGGAGACACUCAGUGCAUGCAAGCAGGAUCAGAAGAAGGCUCUCAUGCUCUGCAUGUGUCUUGGAAUCAUGAGUGAGGACGGAACUCGGUGGUUGGGUGACUUGACUGUAGAGCCUUAUUGCAAACUGUCCACUUCGAAACUUGGGAAACUGUCUCGAACCAAACCCAUGAUGUCUGCAGAAGUCACUAGGCGAGCCAUUGAGCGUAACGUGACAAAGGCAUUCCCCCGCCCCAAGAAUUGGAGGAACGAAACCCUCGAAAAACAUCUGAAAGUGAAUCCCAUCGUCACCCAAGAGGACAUCACCUUCCUUCGCUCACAGGAGAACGCAUUAUUCCAUGCCUGUGAAAACAUGAUAGUGGAAUCUGCCCAACAGGAAGCUGCAGAGGCAAAGCAGAGCGCUUAUCGCUGGAAUGACUCUGAUCCACGGCCAUUUUAUCGAAUGUACUUGGCUGCCGAAGAUGAUCAAGUGAAAGCAGCAAUGGUAGAGGAUGGCAAGUGUUUGUCUAAGGCAAAACUGGAUGGUCGCAACAGUGAGGAUGUGCCAAUUACUUUCUUUGCUGCGUUAACUGACAAAUGGAACAGCGACUGGGUAGCCAGGACACCGGUCCUACCAAACCUCCACGGAGACUUCGAAGAAGAGAUUGUGAUUGGACCAGACGAUGUGAAACAAGCUGCCACCACCGAGUACAUCACCAAGAAAUGGAAGAAUGACAAGAUGCUGCUUGCCAGAUUGGUUAGUCGCUAUGAAGGAUCUGGUCAUGGCUUUGGCAUGAUUGAUGGACGUCCCGUCUUCGGGCAUAUGACAGAGGAGGCACUUCAAGCAGACGAUCGAAAGGACUAUCUAUGGGAGCAGUUCUCUGAGAAGCCUCGGCAUCUCUUACUGUGGCAUCUUUCUGAUCAAUUCGGUAUCCUAAAUCAUGUCAUUACAAGAAUGUCUCAAGCUACCUCCGCCACUGGUGAAGAUGUUGCGACCAGUACAAGCAAGACCAAGAAGCAAAGAACCAAGCAGAAGCAGAAGCAGAAGAAGAAGGCAAAGAGAAAGAAGACGUCCGACGAAAGCAGCAGCGAUAGUGACCAAGAUGCUGCCUCUAAGUUUCGAUCUUCCCUUGCAGAGUCCCAACAAGAGCAGGCGUACCAGUCAGCAAUGGAGAACCUACAGACUGCUACUACUCGCUUGACAAAUGACAGAUUGGAUCUCAUGCGUCACAAGCGACACAACCCCGAUGACGAUGAGAGUGAAUUGCUUCUAGCAGAACAAGUCCGGCUUCAAACAGACAUUGUUACAAGAUUGCAUGCAAGAGUCGAGGCAUUGGACAAGAAAAAGAACAAGAAGUCGUCCUAG